AUGUCUAGUUACUUUGACGAACUCGGCAUCAGCUCUAGUCAAAACAAAAAGAAAACAUACGAUGUUGAUCUCGACGCUUUUAUGAAUCCUGAGUCUGGUUCUAUACCCUCUAAUUUCUUGAGAGGAAGCACCCAAAGUCAUGUCCAAAUAUGCAGUUUCUUUGAUCAAUUUAGACAACAAAUGCAAGCAGGAGGUGAUAUGGAUCAGGAACAAUUCUUAGAUAAUCUUGUUUCUCAGCUGUUGGAAGAAUCUCAAAACGAUGCAAAGGGUCCGCCUCCUGCUUCCAAACGAUUUAUCAAUACUUUGCCUAUUGUUAAGCAAAAUACAUUAAAUAGUGAAGAAACCUGUAUCAUCUGUAAAGAUCAAUUAAACACAAGUGAAGAUGUUGUGACAAAAAUGCCAUGUGGUCAUUAUUUUGAUCGCGAUUGUAUUGUGCCUUGGUUGGAGCUACAUCACACAUGUCCUAUGUGCCGAUACCAGGUUGAGACGGAACAAAUGGUACAGGAAGAAGAAGAAGAGGAGCAACGUAGUUGGAUGUAUGGCUAG